CUAAUGGACCAAUCAAAUCAGUCCACAGCUUCAAAUCAUCCAAUCAGGUGUGAGUCUGGACCUGGUUUUCUACUGAACACACAAGUUCAUUAGAUCACUUGGUCUGAACAGGAACGAUGAUCAGACUCUUUGUCGCUCUUUGUGCUCUUUUUUCUCUCUUCACAGCUGUGAAAACUUCUGACAUCAAGGAGAUUGAUGUGAUAACAGUAAAGCGUGGAGAAGAUGUAACUAUGAAGUGUAACAUUAGCAGUGUCACAAAGAAAGAUAAUGUAGUUUGGUACCGACAGAGUUCAGGAAAAUUACCUCAGUAUUUUGCAAAACUAUACAAGAACAAUUUGGGCUACAGAUUUGAUGAAGGAUUUAAUGAUUCUCGUUUCAGUAUUAGUGUAAAUGACAAAUUUGAUCUCAGUAUUAAAAAAACAACAGAAGAUGAUAAAGGAGAAUAUUUCUGUGGAGAAAUGGAAGGAGAUGUAGUGAAGUUCACAUCUGGAACACGUCUGCAAUUUGAAGGUAAACAGUUUUACUCUGAUAACCUGCUAAUUCCAGAUCAACACUUUAACCAGAAUUAUGUCUACAUAUGUAUUAAAUAUGCUUCAUCAAGCAACCAUCAAUUUUCCACCAAUCAGACUGCUGCUGCUGAUGAUGAUGUCUUGAGCUAUGCAGCUGUGAGUUUUGCUAAAAAACCUUCAUCCUCCAGAACAUCCAGAGCCAAGAGCCGUGAAGACGUUUACGCUCAUGUUAAAAUAAAAUAG